AUGGCACUUAAAUCAAGCUGCUACUUGCUGCUGCUGUUUCUGUUGUCUGGAGCUCAAGGUUCACAGUCUGAUUUCCUAGAUUUGCGCCUGAAGGCUCAGGUUUCACCAGGAGUGCUUUUCCACAGUUCAGGUGAUUGCCCUGCUCCAGAAACCCCGCCCCAUGCUGAGCUGGUCGGAGACAUAAAAGAGAGUUACCCUGUCGGGACUACUCUGAGAUACAACUGCAUCCCAGGUUAUCAAUUCAUACUUGGAACAAUUCCUACUAUUAAAUGCCUUGAGGAUUCAACAUGGUCCCAAACGCCUGCAUUUUGUGAACUAAAGCGAUGUAAGGCUCCAGAUUUACCGAAUGGCAAAAUAGAAGGUUCAGACAAACUCGAAAUUGGUGACGAAAUAACUUUUGUUUGUAAUUAUGGGUACAACUUAGUGGGGUCCAGUACUGCUCUUUGUGUUUUGUUGGCAGACAACAGGGCUGAAUGGGAUAAAUCCCCUCCAUUGUGUGAUAUAAUCCAGUGUGAGCGUCCUCCCAACAUUGCCAAUGGAAUGCAUAAUGGAGAUGUAUCCCUCGAUCACUAUACUGUUAGUACAGUGAUAAAAUACACUUGUAACAAGGACUUUUCCCUUAUUGGAGAUCAAAGCCUUACUUGUAUAGUGGCAGAAGAUGGUGCAAAUGGAAAGUGGGAUAAAUCUCCACCUGAGUGUAAAGUGGUCCGGUGUAGCAGGCCAGAAAUUGAAAAUGGAACGCUGACAAGUUCAUUUCAGCCUUCAUACAACUAUAAUCAUACCCUACAGUUUACAUGUAACCUUGGAUAUAAACCGGAGGGAAGCAAUUCUAUAACUUGUGGGGCUGACAGCACAUGGAAACCUAAAUUUCCCACAUGUGUCAAGGAAACUGUCACCGCCCGGCCCAGCCCUACACUCACCUCUCAUACAGAAGGAGAUAAGAAAAACGAGACUUCAGGGCCAACCAGACAGACAACCACAAAGACAACCACAAAGACAACAAAAGACAUAAUUAGCAGUGGUACUACUAUUCAGCCAAAUGGUGAUAAGAAAACCGAGUCAUCAGGACCUACACGGAAACCAAGUGGAACAACUAAUAAACCAGACCCAGGAAACAACAGUGUGGCAAUUGUUGAAGGAAAACUGACGAUUAUUCUGGUCCUCCUGGUUCUUAUGGUCUAGUGUUGCGCAAAGAAAAUAAUGGAAGAAAAAUGAACCGAUAUCAAAUUUCUGCAGUAAAGCAUUCUAACUUCUUCCUCCAAUAGUGAAACACAAAACUACAAAAGAAACAAAUCAAUGUUAAAAUAAAGACAUUUAUUUUAAAAGAGAAAACAAUAUCUGGCCAUCUACAGUGUGGCUUGACAAUGGGGCCUUAGCUAUCCCAAAUGUAUAUCCUGACCAUUUCAAGCCAGAGGAAUCAAAAGGAAGACCUCUAUGUUGUUGGACUGCAGCUCCCAUCAGUACUAGCUGCCAUAGUUAAUAAUGAAGAAUGCUGGAAGCUGCAGUCCUGAAACAUCAAGAUAACUGAAUUACAGAUCCUAUAUCCUUGAGGCAAGUGUUCCAUAGUACAAUAAUUGUAAGAAUUUUGUUUAUAUCUUGUUAAUGUUUUGUCACAAUGUAUUAUACUUGUUUUCUUAUGUAUUUAAAUAACUUAUUUUGAUUUACAUAAUUGUUGAA